AUGAGUUUUCAUCUUAAAGGAUAUAAAAUAAUUGCAAAGAUUGGCAAAGGUACAUUCUCAGAUGUUUAUCGGGUUAAAGACAGGCAAAUUGGUAUCCAUUAUGCGGCAAAACGGCUCAACGAAAAAUGUGAAAGUUUAAACGAUAGCCGGUUCUAUGCUGAAGUUGACUUGAUGAAAACGGUCCCAUCUCAUCCGAAUAUACUCAGUAUAUUAGGUCUUGUGCACGAUAAUGAUUGCCUCACGUUUAUAAUGGAUUUAAUGGACAUGAACUUGUUCGAUUUAAUCCAUACCAGAAAGCGAGGUUUAUCUGAAAGCCAUGCUCGUAAAAUUCUGAUUCAAAUUAUUCGUGGACUGGAGCAUCUCCAUAGGAAUGGAUUGUUUCACCGGGACAUAAAACCAGAGAAUAUAUUGAUAAAAUUCGUGGAUGGACCCCAUAGAAAAGAAAUUGUACAGCUGGGCGAUUUUGGAUUGGUAGCUCGCAUUACUGAUCCGCUACCGUUGCAGCCGUACAUCUCGACACGUUGGUAUCGGGCACCGGAAUGUAUGCUAACGAUGGGCUACUAUGGUCCCAAAAUAGACGUCUGGGCUGUGGGUUGCUGUUUCUACGAAAUGGUAACCCGCGAGGCUCUGUUUCCCGGGGAAGACGAACGGCAUAUGCUCGAUUUGAUUCACGAAGUGCUCGGAACGCCAUCGCAAAGCUUGUUGGCAAAGUUUAGGAUGAAACGCGAAAGUUUUCACUUUGAACGACGACAACCGAAAGAUUUUCGGUCACUUGUUCCGCUGCUCAGCGUAGGAGGAGUUGAUGUGUUGAAAAAAACGAUAGUUUACCUUCCAGAGCAGAGGAUAUCUACGAGGAAACUAUUGGAGCACAUUUAUUUUGAAGAUUUUGUGUACGUUUGAAGCGAUGGGGUUUUGUAAUCAUAAUUUCUCGUAACACACUUUCUGUUGCAUUUUAGGACACGAAAGCCAUCAUCGUCAUUUUCCUGCAGCCAAUCUUUAUAUGAAAGGAUUCCCCAAAACCGGCCGGCGGUUCCCCGCAACGCGAACAGGGUAAUGAAGCGAAAUGUGCCCUCUGGU